CAUAUCUGUUAACCUUUAUACUUCACUCAAUUUGUUCGAUUUAACCCUAAAAAAAUGGGAUCAAUUUGGGCGAUUUUGGAGUUACUACUAAUCUCAGCUAUCGUUCUUGCAUUUGGAUUAGCUGCUGCCAUUGUAUUCGAAACAUUCAGAAGAAGAUUCAAUCAUACACAUGUGGAAGCUCCUCCCGUCUUUGAAGAUCCGAGUUCGUUUAAGCAGGUUCCUUGUCCUCAUAUAUUUGAUCCUGCUGAGAAGUACAUAUCCUUGGUCGUACCUGCAUACAAUGAAGAGCACAGGCUUCCUGGAGCCCUUGAUGAAACUUUGAAUUAUCUUCAACGACGUGCAGCCAAUGACAGCACAUUUACAUAUGAGGUUAUUAUUGUUGAUGACGGGAGUGCUGAUGGAACAAAAAGAGUGGCUUUUGAAUUUGUGAAGAGACACUCUGUAGACAACGUGCGAGUCAUCCUUCUCGGGAAGAACCAUGGGAAAGGGGAAGCUAUAAGGAAAGGAAUGCUUCACUCACGUGGUGAACUGCUUUUAAUGCUUGAUGCUGAUGGGGCAACCAGAAUAGGUGAUAUGGAAAAGCUUGAAAACCAGAUUCAUGCAGUUGCUAAAAAGGGACAACAAUCUGAAGAGUCUGCUGUUAGAGAUUCAACUAUAAGAAUAUCAGAUGUACCCGCAGCUGCAUUUGGUUCUCGUGCUCACCUUGAGGAGAAGGCUCUAGCAACAAGAAAAUGGUAUCGCAAUUUCCUGAUGAAAGGUUUCCAUAUUGUGGUUCUCUUGGCCGCUGGUAGUGGAAUUCGUGACACUCAGUGUGGAUUCAAGAUGUUUACCAGAUCUGCUGCCAGGAGACUUUUUCUAAAUAUCCGUUUGAAAAGGUGGUGUUUUGAUGUCGAACUAGUCUACCUAUGCAAAUGGUUUCGGGUUCCAAUGAAUGAAAUAUCCGUUAACUGGACAGAAAUACCAGGAUCAAAAGUCAAUCUGUUAAGCAUCCCAAACAUGUUGUGGGAGAUGGCGAUCAUGUCUUUGGGUUAUAGAACUGGCAUCUGGAAAAUCUACAGCUGAGUUUUGCAGCUCGUACGUUGUACUUGGAACUCGCUCUUAACACAUGUAAUGCUUCGCGACCUGACCUACUUGGUCCGGGACAUUUAACCUAUUCUUGCACUACCACACCUUACGCGCUGCCAGUUGAUCGAACUGGUAGUAGCUGAGUUUCUUUGAAUGAACAUGGUUAUUGAUUUGUUCCUUGGAUGUAAUUUUAUAACAAGGUUAACGUUUUUUUCUUUUUACUUGACAAAUCUAUCUAUAUGCAUUAGUCUGAAAUGACAUCUUUUCUUACUUCUUACCAUAUAGUUUAAAUAAUCUUUUGAAAUUGGUUUUAUUUGAUUUUCGAAAAGGAACUUGACAAAUUAAAUAACA